AUGGAGCCUGAGCUCGACCCUGCUGCUGUGGAGGUUCCCGCCGGGCGCGUGCUCUGUGCCCGGGAGCUCCUCGCUGCCCGCUCGCGGUCCCAGAAGCUGCCUCAGCGCUCGCAUGGGCCCAAGGACUUCCUCCCCGACGGCUCGGCGGCCCAGGCCGAGCGGCUGCGCGUGUGCCGCGAGGAGCUCUGGCAGCUGCUGGCGGAGGAGCGCGUGGAGCGCCUGGGCAGUUUGGUGGCUGCCGAGUGGAGGCCAGAAGAGGGCUUCGUGGAACUGAAGUCUCCCGCGGGUAAAUUCUGGCAGACCAUGGGCUUCUCAGAGCAGGGCCGGCAGCGACUUCACCCCGAAGAGGCCUUAUAUCUGCUGGAGUGUGGCUCCAUCCAGCUUUUCCACCAAGAUCUGCCACUGUCUAUUCAGGAGGCCUACCAGCUACUGCUGACUGAGGACACUAUGACUUUUCUGCAGUACCAGGCAUUCAGCCACCUGAAGAGACUGGGCUACGUGGUUCGACGAUUCCAACCAAGCUCCAUCCUGUCCCCUUAUGAGAGACAGCUGAACUUGGAUGGCAGUGGCCAGUGCUUAGAGGAUCAGAAUGGCAAGAGGAAGAGGAGGAGCUCCAGCUCUCGGUCCAUUAAUAAGAAGGCCAAGGCCCUGGAGAAUCCCCCACAGGGGGUGAAUGAGACACCUGAGAGCCUGACAACCUCCAGCCCACCUCCUUGCAACGAGGACAGCCGAUGCGUAGAGGAGAAACCUCAGGAGUCAAGCCCUGUAAAGGGCCCAGUGGGCCCAUCUCAGCUUCUGGGAUCCCUGGAGCCCUGGCCUGACCUGGCUAACAAGGGGGUGGGGUGCAGCCAGGAGAGUGGCAAAGUAGAGAACGGGGUCAAGGGGGUUUGUAAGCCACGCUGGAACUUUGAACAGAUCUCCUUCCCCAACAUGGCUUCAGAUAGCCGCCACACCCUUCUGCUUGCCCCAGCCCCAGAGCUGCUCCCGGCCAACGUCGCUGGGCGGGAGACAGAUGCUGAAUCCUGGUGCCAGAAGCUGAACCAAAGGAAGGAGAAGCUUUCCAGGCGGGAACGGGAGCAACGAGCAGAAGCUCAGCGCUUCCGGGAGGAUGUAAACUCGGAUCCCGAGGUGCGGUGCUGCUCCAGCUGGCAGGAGUACAAGGAGCUGCUGCAGAGGAGGCACCUGCAGAAGAGCCAGAGCCGCCCCCCGCACCUGUGGGACCAGCCUGUCAGACCCUUGCUGAGUCCUGGCCAGGCAGACUCCCCAGCCACAGCCCUUCAGCAUAUCUCUGUGCUGCAGACCACACACCUUGCUGAUGGAGGUGCCCGGCUGCUGGAGAAGUCUGGGGGUUUGGAGAUCAGCUUUGACAUUUACCAGGCUGAUGCCGUGGCCACAUUCCGAAAGAAUAACCCUGGCAAGCCCUACGCCCGGAUGUGCAUUAGUGGAUUUGAUGAACCAGUUCCAGACCUCUGUACCCUCAAGCGGUUAUCCUACCAGAGUGGGGAUGUUCCUCUGAUCUUUGCCCUGGUGGAUCAUGGAGACAUCUCCUUCUACAGCUUCAGGGACUUCACGCUGCCCAGGGAUCUGGAACACUAAUCACCCUGCUCUGGCAGGGCAUGGGACCUGCUCUGGGGGACCUGGACUGUCUACUCUCAGGGACCAUCUCAGCUGCCUCCUAUACCCAGACCCUGACCUGUAGCUUCAGGGGCUAGUCUGGGCCUUGGCCCUGGGUGUCUGAUGCUUGCAGGAGAACGAAGCCAUGCCCCCCCUACCUGGCUUCCAUAGUCCCAGGCCUGAGAUUGCUGUCGUGCAGUGAUCCCCUUGGAACUCAGGACUAGAUUUCAGAGACCCAGCGGGGUGGGGCAGGAGAGGACUCUGUGCCUUUAAACGAGAGGGUGCCUGCUUCGUAUGAUAAAGCCAAAGCCAUUAAAAAAUAGAUCGCUUUUCUGCUGUGGCUGGAGAUAGUGGUCAAGUCCCGA